UCAAAUACUGUGCUCGUAUUGGUAUUUAAUGUUAAUGAUAUCUGUGUUGUGCUGCGUUCAUUGUUUGUUCUUCUUUCUCUUUUCAUUCAUUCACCGAUUUUUCAUUUUAUCCAAAUGGAAAAUUGAAAAUAAAGAAGAGGCAAACACACCGCACUCAGUGCAUUUCUCCCUUGGAUUCGCACAAACUGUUCGUCGGUAGAAUGAAAAGGACAUACAUUCAUAAUUCACAUUUACAUUUUGAAACAACAAAAUAUAUACUACGUUGAUGUUGAAAUAAAACUGAAUUGAAGUUAGUUGUGAUAUCGGUGUGAUUCUGGGACGUUCUUAAUCGGUGAAGAGAGAGGAAAAAAUACAAAAGGAUAGUAGAUCCGUUUUCCUGCUGUUCAAGGCCACAAAGCAAAAUCUGUUGAUUGUGGACACCACAAUUAUUUGUGGUGUCAGUACACUGCAAGAGUUCUACAUAAACACAAGUGUUUUCUCGAGACCGAUUGAUCGAAUUGGCUUUGCAAUAAUUCCGAAAAUUUGAGAUAUGUCAGGACCGUUUUUGUCACCGUUGCCGGGUGAUUUAUUGACUGAAUACAUGUUUGGUAGGAGACGUCAACGCCGCAAUCGAACCACCUUUACCCCAACGCAGCUACAAGAACUAGAAACUUUAUUCCAGAAGACUCACUAUCCAGACGUGUUCUUGAGGGAGGAAGUUGCGCUUCGAAUUUCACUGAGUGAAGCUAGAGUACAGGUGUGGUUCCAGAACCGUCGUGCCAAGUGGCGUAAGCAAGCAAGAUUAAGUCUGCUACAAGAUGCCUGGCGGCUACGUUGCCUUGGCUUGACAAAUUCAUCUUCAAUGAUGCCGAGUGAACAUCAACGACAAUCUCCCAAAACUGACGCAUCGCCAUCAUCUCCGAUCCCUCUGUUAACAGCACAAAGUUUAUCGAACUCAUCAAAAUCGAAAAUGGAUGACAUGAAAAUGUUAAAAGAUGCAUCUGAAGAUUACGCCCAAGGUCAAAAUAAAAACGAAGGUUUUACUUUGAUGCAUCCAGCCUUCCAAAAUGUCUUACACAAGCGAAAAUAUUAUGGCGCACAAGUCAUUGACACUACGUCGAUGUUCAAUAAAAAUUAUUCUGAUCGUGAUGAACGAAAUUGCAAUACAUUGACAGAUGUCGGUAGGAAAAUGGUCACCGACACUCAUUCAAACACGAAAAGAGGCGACCAUUUAAAAAAUGCCAAAAACGAUUGCAACAAUGGUGACGACUCAUCUGGUUCAUCGGAAGAGAUUGAUUUAACUACCAACGGCUGCAUCGACUUCUCCAAUAACAACAACGACAUAAACAGUAGUCAGAAUAGAAAAAGUGAAAAAUGUUCCAUCAACUUUUAGAAAUGUGGUUUUCUUAAGUUAUCUUGAAGUCAGUUUCAGUCAUUUGCUUGCAAUUUUUAAUCAAUAUCGAAAACCAGUACACUUAAAACCUAAUGAAACACGCAUUUAUCAGGAUUUUUAUUUGACAACAUUCAUUGAUACAUAUUCUCAUAUAUGAACACAAAACUUAACCAAGUAAAUCAUGAACAUAAUACAUAUAAUCCAAUCAAUUGAAUCUCCUUUUAAUAUUGAAAAAGAAAAUAAGAAGAUUGUAU